AGCAGCUGUUUACGGUGGAUAUAUCAUAUAUCUCAGAAUCGCUAUGGCUGCUCUCGCAGCAUUCCAACCCCGCCAAUUUCUCUGCUCUCACCACCACCCAAGAACAUGGAUUCCCGCCAAAACCCAUUUGAAAUCUCAAAAUCCUCGUCGCAUUUUCUUCAUUUCUUCUUCAUCCUCAACACCAUCAUCAGAAACAAACACCGAAACUGCGGAAUCAUGCGUCAAUUUGGGACUCUCCCUCUUCUCCAAAGGACGGGUAAAAGAUGCUCUUUCUCAGUUCGAAACUGCACUUGCUUUAGAUCCAAACCCAGUUGAAGCCCAAGCUGCACUAUAUAACAAAGCUUGCUGCCAUGCAUACAGAGGAGAAGCAAAAAAGGCUGCAGAAGCAUUGCGGACUGCAUUACGAGAAUAUAAUCUCAAAUUUGGCACUAUUCUUAAUGAUCCAGACUUGGCUUCCUUCAGAGCUUCACCAGAAUUCAAGGAGUUGCAAGAAGAGGCAAGGUUGGGUGGUGAAGACAUUGGAUACAGUUUCAGGAGAGAUCUAAAGCUCAUUAGUGAAGUCCAAGCACCAUUUCGUGGUGUUAGGAGAUUCUUUUAUGUGGCGUUUUCUGCAGCAGCAGGGAUUUCAACGUUCUUUACUGUACCUAGACUAAUACGUUCGAUUACAGGUGGUGAAGGUGCUCCUGAUAUCUGGGAGACUGCUGGAAAUGCUGCCAUCAACAUUGGAGGUAUUAUUGUUCUUGUUGCGUUAUUUUUCUGGGACAACAAGAAAGAGGAGGAACAACUUGCACAGAUAUCUAGGGAUGAAACUUUGUCACGGUUGCCUUUGCGUCUUUCGACCAAUCGGAUUGUUGAACUAGUGCAGCUGCGGGACACUGCUAGGCCAGUUAUUUUGGCGGGGAGCAAAGAGUCCAUUUCUGCAGCUAUGCAAAAGGCUGAAAGGUUCCGUACCGAACUCCUUAAACGAGGUGUUCUUCUCAUCCCUGUAAUCUGGGGUGAAGGUAGAAAGCCGCCUAUUGAGGAGAGGAAAGGCUUUGGUGCCCCUGCGAAGGCAGCUGCAUCUCUUCCUUCUAUUGGGGAAGAUUUUGAGAAGCGAACUCAGUCCAUAACUGCAAAGUCACGCUUGAAAGCAGAGAUGCGGUUUAAGGCCGAGAUUGUAUCGCCUAAUGAAUGGGAAAGAUGGAUACGUGAUCAACAAAAGUCUGAAGGCGUUACUCCAGGUGAGGAUGUGUACAUAAUAUUGCGCCUUGAUGGCCGUGCUCGAAGAUCAGGAAAGGGCAUGCCUGACUGGCAACAAAUUGUAAAGGAACUGCCUCCAAUGGAGGCACUGCUCAGCAAGCUGGAGAGGUAAGCUAUUUACCUCAAAGAAUGACGUUGAUUGAAGAAAAGGCACUAAGAAAUGCUUUCGAGAUCGUUGUGUUAUGUUCAUAUUCCUUUGAAAAUGGUAAGGAGGGUAGCAUUUCUUCAUUAGAAUGCUUUGUUUUUCUCCUGUUAUAUCAAUUUUAAGAAAGAGAGUGUUGAAGUGUGAGAGGAUUACAUAAAGUUCUUGUGCAUUUUCUCCUCAUUUGGCCCAAAAGAGAGCGGACCUUUAAUAUUAUUCUUUUAGAAUGAUAAUUCUGGUGUUUGACAA